AUGCCUUUCGUAGUAAUCACAAUCCUCCUCCAGGUACAGCAUAAUAGCACAGACAAGAUGGGCAAUUAUAGACCGAGCCUUGAACAAGGAGAAAAGUUAAAGGAACAUGAGGAGGAGGAAAAAGAUCACGUAAUUAACUCAGUUUGCCAAGAUAACGAAAUAAACUCAAAGACAGAACUAAAAUCUAGAAAACUAAGACCAAAGCACAAAGAUGAAGAUCUCAUCCGACGCUCCUCAUACCUCGUCCGCCUCCAAAUUGAUGGUGGCUUAUUUCAAAUGUUUCGCAAUGUGAGAAGGUCUCCUGAGGGACUUUCGGGUUUGUGGAAAGGUACUUUUACAUCGUGGCUAUUGCAAGAAUUAGGUGAAUAUGUCCAACCCCUCUUCAGUUCGGGAUUAUCAAGCAUCUUCUUCAAAUCCUUUCCUGUUGCGCCAAUAUCAAAUAUAAUUACUGACGUUGCAGUCUCGCCUCUUAGCUUAGUGCGUACGCGGAUAAUCGUCCAAUCCACGUCAGUGACAUCAGCUGGUGUGUCUCGACGCGCCUACAGCGGACCUGUUGAUGCAUUGUGCAAGAUCUCGCACGACGAGGGUGGAUGGCUGGCAAUGUGGACACACCCCAAUCUUCUCUUCCCCGCUGUAUUAGAAUCGGCAUUACAGAACCUGCUCACUAUCUGCGGUUCACUCUUAGUGGAUAGACUGCUGAGUAUCACUAUAGAAAGUAAUCCUAUAACGUAUAUGUCCUGUGUUAUGCUAUGGGAUAUACUCAGUAGUGCUUUAAUUUUCCCUAUCACAACUGUUAGACGACGUCUGCAAGUACAGGACAGAAGUUUGGAUAAGGGGCAUAAUGCGAAACGCUUCGUUACUUGUGUUGAAACACCGUUACCGUCUGCAGGUAUAGUAGAGUGCAUCAAUCAAAUGGUGACUGAGGACUGCAGUAGCGAGAGUAGAUGGUAUCACAUCAAAACACUUCUUAGAGGGCUGAGCAUUCAAUUUUAUGCUAUCAUAACAUUGCUUUUCUUUAAUUGCAUUGCAGGCGCCUUUAUCGGACUAUUUGCUCUUUUCGCAAAAAUCUUCAAUUAUAUUUAA